UGGGCAUAAUCUUGUCAGACAGGUAAGUGAAUGUUUCUACUGACCGGGUGGGGCAACACACAUAUUUCACAAAGAGAGACAGCGAGAGCGAGAGAGAGAGACACAGACAGAGAGACAGACAGAUAGACAGACUCAGGAACACGGAAACCUGUGGUAGCAUUCAGACACAACGGAGGCCAAGUGUGCGUGCCGCGAGCGAGCCUCCUUCUCCCCCUGUAUCCACAUCGCCGAGCGGUGACCCUGACUUCGCCGCACUCAGGCUUGAGUUGCUGGCUUUACUGAGGAAGGACAUCGCCGAUAUUUUUAAAAAGGAGCUCCAGAAGCUCUAGGAGACUCUCGGGGGUGCGCUGUCUACUAUCCAGCUUGACCUGCAGGCCGUGAAAACACAGCAGGCUGGUGAUAAAGUUGCUACCGAGGCUACCAUAUCAACACUGAAAGGUACUGUUGGGGAAAUGGAGCACGCUCUCUCCGGUUGCACCGAUGACAUAGUUCAUAUGAAGACUACUAUCGAGUCUCUCACUGCGACCGUGACUCAGUUAUAGAAUAAACGUGAGGAUUUGGAGUCGGGGUCACGGCGCAAUAGCGUUAGGAUAGUGGGAGUUCCAGAGGGCACUGACACCUGUACAACUGCUGCUGUAGCGGCCUUGUUAAAGGGGGCGUUUGGUCUGGAGAAGGAGCCGGUUUUGGACCGGUCCCACCGGACCCUUCAGCCGAAGCCCAAGCCUGGUGAACGACCACAAGCUAUUGUGUGCAGAUUUCACUAUGACAGUGACUGUGUUGACAUUUUACACUGUGCGAGAGCGCUCCAGCGGAUUAAAGUGAGGGAUCUGUCCAUCUCUGUUUUCCCUGACUACACAGCCAGGACAGCCCGGGCCCGGGCCGCGUUUAACGAGGUUCGGCGUCAACUUCGUGGUAUUGAGGGAGCUCGCUAUAGAAUACUUCACCCAGCUCGGCUUCGCAUUACACAUAACGGUGUUCAGAAGGACUUUAUUUCAGCGGAGGAAGCAGGAGACUAUGUUAAACUCUUGAUAUCAGGGUGAACUGCAUCACCUACACAGCGGAGUCUUUUUCGCUCUUCUUUUAUUUCCAUUUUUUUGCACUCGGCCUUCCAGGUCUACAGAAUUCGGAUUCUUAUUGAAGAUAUUGUCAUUGCAUUACUCCACCUAGAUUUUGUGGACUUACUCCUCUUAAAAUUUACUUCUGUAUUUAAAAAAAUAUAUAUAUAUAAGCAGUUCAUUAACAGGAUUAUAUGGGAGGAAUAAAAGGGACGUCUUGGGCAUGGAACCAUCAUCCAGGCUUUUACAUUUUAAGCAUGUGCACACAGGACACAACUAAUAAACACACACACAGUACACACUAACUUUACAGAACAGCUCGAGACACAGCUGUGUAAAACAUAUUUUAAAUUUAAUACCGUUAAACCUCAUGAGUGUUGCAGCAAAAAGCAUUCACCUUACAGUCAGGAGAAGGUGAGUUUAAAUCCCAUCAGUGCUGUACACCAGCAUAACUGGCCUGCUGUCUCCUCUGUCAAUUAGAACAACAGUAUCCGUGUGUGUGUGAGCUGAUGUGUAGAGGAAGUGGAGUAAAUAAAAAACCUAAUCAACUAAAUGUUCACAGAGAGAGUUAAAGGAGGAGCAGAUGAAAUCCCAGCAGAGAAUCCAGGAGAAGCAGAAGAAGGUGCAGGAGCUGAAGAGAGACGCUGCAACAGUUCAGAUCAUUUUACCCCCAGAACCAAAGAGCAGACAAGAUUUUCUGCAGUAUUUCUGUGAUCUGACUCUGGAUCCCAACACAGUAAAUUAUUACCUCAUUCUGUCUGAGAGGAACAGAGUGGUGACACGCAGUGAGAGAAAGCAGCAGUACUCUGAUCAUCCAGAGAGAUUUGACUACUACAAUCAGGUGUUGAGUAAGGAGAGUGUGUGUGGACGCUGUUACUGGGAGGUGGAGUGGAGCGGUGUUGGUGUGGACAUAUCAGUCUCAUAUAAAGACAUCAGCAGGAAAGGACGGGUUGAUGAGUGCUGGUUUGGACUCAACAAUCAGUCCUGGAAUCUGCAGUGUUAUUCUUCUUCUUCUCUCUUUUUCUAUCACAACAACAUUAAAACUGAUCUCAGAGUUCCAUCAUCCUCCAGAAUAGGAAUGUAUGUGGAUCACAGUGCAGGAACUCUGUCCUUCUACAGCAUCUCUGACACGAUGAAGCUCCUCCACAGAGUCCACACCACAUUCACUCAGCCUCUAUAUGCUGGGUUUAUGCUCGACUGUUAUGGAUCAACUCUGAGAUUAUGUGAUCCACAAUAAACUGGUGGUGUGUUUUUACUUUUCAUAUGAAGCAAAAAAAAAAAGCUGUAACAUGAAAUUUUCAUUAAUACUGUUAUCUUCUUUCCUCUGUCAUUUAGGAAUUUUGGAUGUUAUAAUUGUGCCUAUUGUAAAGCAAAUCAUAUUAGAACUUUGUUUUGUUUCUGAAUAUAUUUUUAUUAAAAAUAAUACAGUUGAGUGUG